AUGCCCCUUGAUACAAUCUAUUUAACCAGGCAUGGCCUCCGUCUAAACUGGUCCAUAGACCUCUCGACAGGGACUUAUCAUGCCCAUUAUCCUACUCCGACCGGUAUACCCGUCGACCCGACCCUAACUGGGCCUGGCGUUAAGCAGUCGCACGAGCUUGCAUCGCAUGUUAGCAGUGCAGAGUUCAAGCCGAAGCCGUGCAGGAUAUAUAGCAGUCCAUUUUAUCGCUGUCUACAGACGAUUCAACCGACAGUAGAGGCACUGAAGGAACUUCAAGAACACGAAAAGAAAGCCCACGUUGAUUUAACUGUCAGGGUAGAGAACGGACUUGGAGAAUGGUUUGGAUCUACGUCCUUCUUCACUCACCCAUCGCCUGCAUCAUUUGGCGUCUUGGAUCCGUUGUUCCCUGCGCUCAUCUCUCCAUCAUAUGCGGCACAAGUUUACCCAAACCCAAGUGGGGAGACGAUAUCCGAACUCCACGAUCGUGUUGCAACGACACUGGAAACCAUCAUUGCGGACGUGGAUGACGAGAUGCGGGAGUAUGAACGGACACACCCUGAAGCUGCUCAAGAGAGCCAUGCGAUCAUCAUAUGUGCGCAUGCUGCCCCAUUGAUAGCCAUGGGCCGAGCGUUGACUGGGAACAUGCCAGAGGACCCGUCCACGGAAGAUUUCAAAGUCUUUACUGCGGGAAUAAGCAUGUUUAGGCGAAGACGUAGCCAAAGCCACGAUAGUCCAGCACUGUCGCAGAGAAACAAUAUCCAUGGAGGAGGCAAGUUGACAGCUUCAGGGAAGACGAUACCUCUAUGGCGCGGCGGCAGUGGUGUUGGCGGUGGGUGGGAUUGUGUUGUGAAUGGGGCAUGCGGAUAUCUAAGUAACGGAGCCGAAAGGGGCUGGCAUUUCCAUGGUGAGGAGGAUUUCAAUUCAAUGCCUACAUCGGGAAUAGUAGAGGACUCUGGGUCGAGAGAUGAUGCUUCUCGGACAUCUACCAAACUCUGA